GGAGGAGGGGGGCUAGCCGCUCCUUCGUGACGUCUGAAUGGAAUACCGUCACCACGUGACGCUGACGUCGUCCAUAUUUUGAUCAGACAUCAGGAAGUGCGGAAGAAGACGAGGACCGAAACCUGAAAAGGUGAAGUUUUACUGGGAAGUUUUGUUAUAUUUAGCAACUUUUUUUGUGUGUUGAUUUUAUUGUGUAACUGUUGGAUUUAAAAAGAACGGCCUCAAGAUGCCCAGCAUGGAAAAAAAUCUCUUCAAUCUAAAGUUUGCCGCCAAAGAACUCCAAAGAAAUUCCAAGAAAUGUGACAAAGAGGAAAAAUUAGAGAAGGCUAAAGUCAAGAAGGCCAUCCAGAAAGGAAACAUGGAAGUGGCAAGAAUUCAUGCAGAAAACGCCAUCAGACAGAAGAACCAGUCUGUGAACUUCCUACGGAUGAGCGCUCGGGUAGAUGCUGUGGCAGCGAGGGUCCAAACUGCAGUCACAAUGAACCAGGUCACAAAAUCAAUGGCUGGAGUGGUGAAAGGCAUGGACGCCACACUGAAGAGUAUGAAUCUGGAAAAGAUUUCCGCUCUCAUGGAUAAAUUUGAACACCAGUUUGAGACACUGGAUGUUCAGACAGCCCAGAUGGAGGAUACGAUGAGCAGCACGACAACUCUCACAACACCACAGAAUCAAGUGGAGUCGUUGCUGCAUGAAAUGGCUGAUGAAGCAGGGUUGGAUCUGAACAUGGAGCUCCCUCAAGGACAGACAGGAUCAGUGGGUACCAGCGUGGCCUCUGCAGAGCAGGACGAACUGUCUCAAAGGCUCGCCAAACUCAGAGAUCAGAUGUAAAGAAUGACUGCAGUCGAAUGGCGCUGGAAGAGGACUCCAAAGCGUCUGUACACUACCUGAAUAUAACUCCCCAACACCUUUUUAUUUCCAUCAUGUUUUCUCUCCUUUUUACACCUUGUGUCUCCUUUGAGGGGCUAUUGCAUCACUUUUCCUCAUGUUGGUGAUAUGUUUAUGAUAACAUCACGUUAUUAAAGUGGUUUACUUGGUAUGGAAAAUGUAUGUAAUUCUUGAAUAUAUAUAUUUACCAAUAAAGUGGAAGUAAUUUAUGAUUAUUGUUAAAUAUGUAUGUUUAAGAAGUCCAUGAAUGUGAUGUGGGAGUUUGACAGUUAGUACCCUGUAUUUAUAGGCCAAUUUCAUAUAGUUGUGGUGAAAUGAUUACAUUUUUGGAGGAUAGAAUUCAAUUUUUGUUUGUGAUUGCAUGAUUGCAGACAACAUUUAUGCAUUUCUUUCUGUCUUCUUGACAUCAAAGAGUGGAAGACCUCCCCCAGUUAUCAGUGAACUGACUUCUUCUGUUGAUUUAUUUUAUUGUAUUUGUGUGAGGUUCCUGAAAGAUUAGCCUGAGAUUUUGUUUUUGUUUUGUUUUUCUGGUCUUCAAUAAUCUUGCUGAUUAUUUGGAAAAGGGGUUCUGAAAAUAAACAGUAAGCAAAUAAUAAAAUUUUAUAACACUUUUA